AUGGCCUGGUCAGAUACUUCUAGCAGCUUUCUGUCAAGCAACAGCCUAACCAGCGAUGAGACCAGCGACGAUGAGAGCCCACGACCUGUUCGCAAUCCAAAAUUGAUAAAACCCUCCAAUCCAUCCUUCUCGAAGCCAACCACAGACAUGGUCACCUUCAUCGUCGGUCCAGAACCCACCAAGCAAACCUUCGUUGUCCACAAGCACGCCGCGUGCGCCUCUUCCCCAUUCUUCAGAGCCGCAUUCGAGAGUAAGAUGCUUGAAGGCAAGACCCAGACCAUGCGCCUUGAAGACGUCGACGGACGGACCUUCGGCAUGGUGGUCCACUACCUUUAUACUCGCGAGCUUGACACUUCGAUGUACAUGCUCAGCAACCAUCCAGAGGUUGAUCAAGCAGAUCUGCGCAACUCCAUGGAUUUUGAUCUAGUCCAGCUAGCUAAGGUUUGGAAACUGGGUGAGCGCAUUUUGAUGCCUGUUCUGCAAAACGUGGUGAUGACUGAGUUGUAUUCGGUUACUCGAUCUUACGACGAUGCUUCUGAGGAUCAAUUGAAGAAAUUUGUUGGAUUUGUCUCAGAAAAUCCAAGCUCAACCGUGGGUAAUGGAAAGGAUGUCAUGCGAGAGUUAGUCAUCAGUAUCGCUGCUUGGUCUAAAUACAAGGGUAUCAUGAAGUGGCUUCCAAACGACAUUUGUGCUGAGGCUGCAGAGCGAUUAAAGGCACGAUACUUCAAAACUGGAAGGACGAUGGUGGAUCAUGUACUUGAUUUCUUCGUGAAGAUUGACCAUGAUGGCUGA